AUGGCAUUUCUCAAGACCAUAUCAGAGGAGCCAAGUCCAGACGUUCAGUUUCAUUUUUGGUGUGCUUCCAUGAAUAGCGAUAUAGCCAGGUUGUAUAACAUUGACCAAAAGAUAGUCGAUCAUUUCAACUGGACAUCAGCCCAAGAAGGAUUCACAGCCUUCCCAACUUUACUCCAUCCAAAGAGUAUGGGUACAAUCCGCCUUAGAAGCACCAACCCAUUCGAGUAUCCUGUCAUCGACCCAAAUUACCUGUCUCAUCCUGAAGACGUCAAGGCUUUAAUCAGAGGAGUUCGUGUCGUUCAGAAACUUCAUCAGACGAAGGCUUUCAAAGAAAUAGGAGCCAAGCUUAAUGAUAGGCGCUUCCCGACAUGCACCACUAUGCAGUACGACACUGAUGCAUACUGGGAGUGUUACAUCCGGGCACUGGCCACAUCAGUCAACCAUCCAACCACCACGUGCAAGAUGGGGAAGCCAAGUGACCCCACUACAGUGGUUGAUCCUCAACUGAGAGUAAAAGGUAUUGUCGGGCUGAGAGUUGUGGACGCCUCCAUCAUGCCGGCCGUCGUGUCAGGAAACACAAACGCACCGAGCAUCAUGAUAGGAGAGAAGGCAGCGGACAUUAUCGAAAAUACAAAAUAG